UUCGGCUAUACAAUCACAUUAAUACACAGUUAUUAAAGAAUAUUUCGGGCUUUGACGACAAAUGAUGAGAUUUCUACAUUGAAACGUGAAGAGUUGUGCUGUGCUGUAGUGUGCAAGUUUGACUCCGUGUACCUAAAAUAGGUUUUCCAAGUUUUCUAACUAUUAUUAAGAGUUGUAGAUAACAUAAUUGACUGAAAGAGAUCUGCACUAGUUAAGGAAAAGGUAUCAAGUCAGUUGCGGAUGCCAAGAAAGAUGCAUUUUCAGGAUAGACUUCGUUGAAUGUUCCUUUCGCAUCCAGCGGUUCGAGCGGUUCAGCGCGCCAAAUUUCAUUUCUUCAUCAAAGACGCUCAACGCGACAGUCCUCAAGUGUAAAUACUUUGUGCAAGAAGACAAUUUAAAGAUCAUUGAGAAUCCGUCGAAACCGUACAGUUCACCCUGAAAAUGAACGCUCCAGAAGAAAUUGCAGAGUUCUGUCUUAUAAAAUCUACUUUGGCGAUUCCAGAACGAAAUUUUUUUGGGAAACCGCUUCUUCAUCUACAAUUGCCCAAAAUUACGUUACACAAUGUUUUGCCGGAAAAUGCGGGCAAAUUUUUGAUGCACAACUUAAAGAAUAGGUUCAUGCCGACGAAGAGUUUUGAUGAAAUGCGCACAGAGAUGAUAGAUCUGGGAAACGGCACUUUUAAGAAGAUUCUGACUGAAGGAUUUGGAGAAGUUUUGGAGGAUAAAAAGAGUGUCACAGUGCAUUAUUCUAUAUUCAGAGAAGGUGACGAAAUGUUGUGCGAUUCAACGUACUUCACCGAAGAUCCUUAUAAAUUUUCCCUGGGAGAUGAAUAUGGAAUUUUGCCGGAAUUCGAACGCGUUGUACGCACGAUGCGCGACCAGGAAAAGGCACAAUUCAUCAUUCCAAAUUUCUAUAGUAUCGGAAAUGCAGAAAACACCAUUGAGGAGGAUUCCAAAUCAGUUUUUCUUGAGAUUGAAGUGCUCAGCAUAACAAAGAGUCUAACAUGGGAGGAAAAUAUUCGCCUAUUAAGUAAUUAUAGUGAAACUCUUAAGCUCGUUCACAAUCAUUACAAGAGAGGACAUGCUGCUUUUUCUUCUGGUUUCUUCCGCGUGGCUGCUUCUGAGUACACACAAUCAGUGUCCCUGCUGAACAACGUCUUGAUUGUGAAUGGAACGGACAAUGAUAAGAGAAUGCAAUUGCUUAUGAAGAUGUGUGUGAACGCCGGCAUGUCAUUAGCAAAACUUGAUGAGCAUGAAAAUACCCUCAUGAUGCUGAAUCGCGCCAGAAAACUCGUGGAAACAGGAGUAAGUGCGCAAAAUCAGUUGAAAGGAAAGAUCUAUCUCAAUAUUUCUCGAUCUUGUCGCGCCUUGAACAGAAUCACAGAAGCUUUAGAAAAUCUGGGAGAAGCAUUCAAGUAUCUGGGCGACAUUCAGGAGACAGAUGAUGAAUUUCAACUCUUGAGCAAGGUGUAUGAUAAGCACAUGAAGGAGCGCCCCUUCCAGAAAUUGAUAAACUACGCACUUGAUUCGCAAAAUGUUCAAAUGGAGAAGUCCGGGGUUUGCAAGAACCAAAAUAUCUUCGAAGAAGUCUUUUUAAUGAUGAUGAAGACCUUUAUGUCUGAGUCCUCGAGGACAAUAGAAUUUUUCGGGGUGGAAAGUAAAUAUUGCACUGAAUGGGCAAAUAAGGUCAUAUCACACCACAAGAGUUACAAAGUUCGCCAAGGACAUGUUGAAGUGCACAAAUACAACCAGGGUUAUGUUCGCUACAUUAUUAUCCUUCCAGAUAAAUAAAACUUAACUCUGAGCUGAAUGAAAUACAAAAAAAUUAAUUGUGUAAAAUUCAAUACAGUGUCUCAGACAGAUUAA